AUGGCUCCCGUAGCUGAGACGGAUGUCUCUAUCGAGAGCAUCUCACCCUACGGCAAAGCCCGUUCCACCGUCAAGGAGAACCCUCUCAGUGAUGAGGAACUCAAACUCACAGACGACUACAUGCGAGCGAGUCUUUACCUCUGCCUCGGCAUGCUUUACCUUCGACACAACCCCCUUCUCAAAGAACCCCUCAAAGUUGGCGACCUCAAAGCCAGACUGCUUGGACAUUGGGGUUCCGACGCCGGUCAGAUCUUCGCCUAUGUGCACAUGAACCGACUGAUCAAAAAGUACGGUCUCGAUGCCCUCUUCAUUUCGGGCCCUGGCCACGGUGCGCCCGCCGUCAUCUCCCAGUCCUAUCUGGAGGGUGUCUACAGCGAAGUCUACCCAGACAAAUCCGAGGACGAGGAAGGCAUGAGGAAAUUCUUCAAGCAAUUCUCGUUCCCCGGCGGAAUCGGCAGUCAUGCCACUCCUGAAACCCCUGGCAGUCUUCACGAAGGUGGCGAGCUUGGCUAUGCCAUCAGUCAUGCCUUUGGUGUCGUCUUCGACCACCCGGAUCUGAUUGCGGUGACCAUGGUUGGUGAUGGUGAAUCAGAGACCGGCCCCCUUGCCACGAGCUGGCACAGCACCAAGUUCCUGAACCCAAUCACUGAUGGUGCAGUCCUACCUAUUCUGCACUUGAACGGUUACAAAAUCAACAACCCUACGAUCCUUGCUCGUGUCUCCCAUAAGGAACUUGAGUCCCUGUUCUAUGGCUACGGCUGGACCCCAUACUUCGUCGAAGGAAGUGAUCCCGAGUCCAUGCACCAGGCAAUGGCUGCCACCCUGGAGAAGUGCGUCCUGGAAAUUCGGGCCUACCAGAAGAAAGCUCGUGAAUCUGGAAAGGCAUUCCGUCCCUUCUGGCCCAUGAUUAUCCUCCGAAGCCCCAAGGGCUGGACUGGCCCGCGCACCGUGGAUGGCCACUACCUUGAAGGGUUCUGGAGAUCCCACCAAAUCCCCCUCCCGAAGGUUGCCUCCAGCCAAAAAGAUCUGAAACUUCUCGAAGACUGGAUGAAGAGCUAUACUCCGGAGAAGUACUUCACCGAAGAUGGCAAGCUGAUUCCUGAACUGAAAAAGCUUGCCCCAGAAGGCAACGCCCGUAUGAGUGCGAAUCCCGUCGCCAAUGGCGGCCUGAUCAAAAAGCCCUUGAGGUUGCCCGACUUCCGUGGCUACAAGAUCGAUGUGAAACACGGUGGCACUGCUAACGCUCCAAGCAUGUCGAACAUGGCUGUCUUCCUCCGGGAUGUCAUUGCAAAGAACCAGACCAAUUUCCGACUCUUUGGACCUGAUGAGACAGAGUCCAACAAGCUUGGAGGCGUUUACGAAGCAGGCAAAAAGGUCUGGAUGGGUGAAUACUUUGAGGAGGACGCCGAUGGUGGCAAUCUUGCCCCUGAAGGUCGUGUGAUGGAGAUGUUGAGUGAACAUACAUGCGAAGGAUGGCUCGAAGGCUACGUCCUCUCUGGCAGACACGGUCUGCUUAACAGCUAUGAACCCUUCAUCCAUAUCAUCGAUUCGAUGGUGAAUCAGCAUUGCAAGUGGAUCGAAAAGUGCCUCGAAGUUGAAUGGCGAGCCAAGGUUGCAUCCUUGAACAUCCUGCUGACUGCGACUGUCUGGCGUCAAGACCACAACGGUUUCACCCAUCAGGAUCCUGGCUUCCUCGAUGUUGUCGCCAACAAGUCACCAGAAGUGGUGCGUAUCUACCUUCCUCCGGAUGGAAACUGCUUGUUGUCAUGCAUGGAUCAUUGUUUGCGAAGCAGCAACUAUGUCAAUGUGAUUGUCGCCGACAAGCAGGAUCACUUGCAAUACCUCGACAUGGAAGCCGCCAUUGAACAUUGCACCAAGGGCGCUGGUAUCUGGGAUUGGGCAUCAAAUGAUCAAGGCCAAGAGCCUGAUGUUGUUAUGGCAUCCUGCGGCGAUGUCCCCACUCAUGAGUCGCUCGCCGCCACAGCCCUUCUCCGCGAGUACAUCCCGGACCUCAAAAUUCGAUUUGUCAAUGUCGUCGACUUAUUCAAGCUCAUCCCUAAUGGCGACCAUCCCCACGGUCUUACAGACACCGAGUUCUCUGCUAUCUUCACGGACAACAAGCCUGUCAUAUUCAACUUCCAUUCAUACCCAUGGCUCAUUCACCGCCUGACGUUCAACCGUAAGGGAUCACACAAUCUUCAAGUGCACGGAUAUAACGAAAAAGGAAACAUCGACACACCACUGGAGCUUGCCAUCCGCAAUAAGACGGACAGAUUCAGUCUGGCCAUGGAAGCCUUGGACAAGAUUCCCGGUCUUGGUAACAAGGGAUCGAGCGCGCGGGAGAAGUUGCUUAACGAGCAGAUCAAAUGCAGAAACCUGGCGUUCCAUGAAGGCAUUGAUCCAGAAUACAUCCGCAACUGGGUCUGGCCUUACUAG